ACCUUCUCCCACAGGCCUGCGCUCCUCGCUGUGAUGUCAUCUUUCUUAGAGACCUCCUCACUUUCACCUCCCAAACCCGCACAUCCUUAAAAACGUGCCCCAAAGGGUGACAUAGAUCUCACAGUAGUGUUUCCCAAAAGAGGGGAAUAUAUUCAAACGGAUCCCUCGAGGUGGGUGUCCUGCCAGUAGGUUCCCAUACGGAUGACAGAAUCGGUUGGAGUCAAGGCGGUGAUUCCAGCCAUGGGUUUGUCUGCAUCUACUCCUGCUGUUGCAGUUCAGACCUCAAAUGCUUCAGACCAUCAGACAGCAUCCCCGCCUUCAGGAUGUCCAGUGCAUGAAGGGAAAAUGAGAGGUUGCCCACUGAGCACAAAACCAUCAGACUCCACCUGUGAGAGCAAAACGUACUCUCUGCCUGCCCACCAGGAGCGUGCGUACGAGUAUGUGGAAUGCCCCAUGAAGGCCGCUGCGUCUGAGAAUAAGGAGAAUCUGGAUCCUUCCAAUCUGAUGCCACCACCUAAUCAGAUGCCGGCCCCCGACCAGCCCUUUCCACUGUCUACUGCCAGGGAGGAAUCCUCCAUCCCAAGAGCAGAUUCCCAGAAAAAGUGGGUUUACCCGUCAGAACAGAUGUUUUGGAAUGCAAUGUUAAGGAAAGGGUGGAAGUGGAGAGAUGAGGAUAUUAGUCAGAAAGAUAUGUAUAAUAUCAUUCGAAUUCACAAUCAGAAUAACGAGCAGGCUUGGAAGGAGAUUUUGAAGUGGGAAGCCCUCCACGCCACGGAAUGUCCUUGUGGUCCGUCAUUGAUCCGGUUUGGGGGUAAAGCUAAAGAGUAUUCACCAAGGGCAAGACUCCGUUCAUGGAUGGGGUAUGAGUUGCCUUUUGACAGGCACGAUUGGAUCAUCAACCGCUGUGGGACAGAGGUGAGGUAUGUCAUUGACUACUACGAUGGCGGUGAGGUGAACAAGGAGUACCAGUUCACCAUCUUGGAUGUCCGUCCUGCCCUGGAUUCCCUCUCAGCGGUGUGGGACAGGAUGAAGGUUGCCUGGUGGCGCUGGACUUCAUAACCACUGUUUUGUUUGAGAUGGAAAAAUAGAAACUAUUUUUUUGAGAGACAUAUUAAACUAUUUUCCCCAAAGUGAAUUACAUUCAUGAUGUAACAGGAGCUUGAAGUCGGUAAUCACACUCAAGCCUUUGCUUCGGGAAAGACCGUUCUCUUUUGAGUCACAUUGUACUUUGCAGUUUAUAGCAGGUCCUUUCACGUUUUCUUCCCAUUUGGCUUAACUAGUAGCCCCUUAAUUUUUCCUUUAACUGCAGUGUUAACCUGUGUAUUUAAACUAGAAAAGUCUGAACAACCUCUGAAAAAGAACUUUUCUUAAAAUGUGAGGAAAGCUGCUUUUUUGUCCUUACCGUUUUCUCAUGAAUACUUGAUGUACAAACACUGAAAGCCAAAUUGAUGCUCAGGAGUUAUUACUUCAUCAAAUAUUUUAACUAAAACUGUUCCUUAUACAUACAUAAGAGGUAGUUGUGCUUUUUAAAAAGUUAAUCAGUAUAUUUAAAGUCCGUACAACGUGGUAGCGACUCCUGAACGUAAUGAAAAGGUAUACACUGGAAAUGUACUCAUCAAAACUAAGACAAGUCUUAGAUUUUCAAAUUCUCAUUUAAAUGAAAUUUUCAGACUAGACCUUGUAAAAUACAGGUAGUCCCCGACUUAUAAUGGGGUUCUGUUCCAACAAUUCCAUCGUAAGUAGGUUCUGAUGUAAGUAGAAUACCUCUUUUUUUUUAGCUUUCAUUACUACUGCCUUUUAUUAUCAGUAUCUUUAUAAAUCAUAACAUUGAACAUCUGAGAAUGAUAACAUCAGCAAAUGACGUGCUACAAAAUUGUACAUAUUACUAACAAUAAGAUGUACAAAAAAAAAACAGAUGGUCAUAAGUGCAGUUCGUCAUAACUGGAAUACGUCGUAAGUCAGGGACUACCUAUAGUUUUCAACUACGCCAAGAUUUGGUCGUGCUUUGGAAUACAUAUCUAAAUGGAAAAUAUUUUCUUUUUAACUCCUGUUGUUCUAAUACACAACUCUGCUGCAAACAAACAGUCUCCUCAUUGUCCCUGGCAUUUGUUGAGUUAUCCCAGCUUAGUCCUGUUCCUUCUGUCUGAAGUCAUCCUUCUGGUUGACCUAAUCUCAACUCUCGAAAACCUGGCUCAAGUCGCAUUGCCGGUGAUGGUCCCCACUCUAAAUUUUGAUUAUAUUUGAUUACGUAUGUGAUUAUAUUUGAGUGUUAAAAUUCACAAGAAGAGUUUUUUUGUUUUUGGUGUGGGGGUGUAGACUGUUUGAAUUAAUGCACAGUCUCAGUUCAGAUUUGUUUUUAAAGGAAGCUCUAAAUUUGCUGUUGAAAUUCCUUAGACCCGUAAUUCAUAAACUGGUUGCUCUAAUUCUAGUAGCAUGUUACAGAUGCCUGUUGGUUUUGGUUUUGUGUGUGUGUUGAUAAUAAUAAAUCUAAUUUAUCCAAAACGUCGUAGUGUUAUUAAAUUUGUGGACAGGCUUGUUGGUCUGUGAGCUGUUCAUCUGGUAUGGAUUUCUCUGUGGUAUCAGUUUUGUCGAGUGGAGUUUUACAAACCCAACAACCUUAAACACAUCUACGUUUCAAAAUGCUUAUAUAUUUUAAAGUAAAGCUGAUCGUAACAGGUUUUCAAAAUCUUUUCAGAGUAAUGUGAUACUUCACAAUUGUCUCUUCAGACAUGU